GACUGGAGCCAGGCUGCCAGGGAGGAGGAAGGUGAAAGUCAAGGUGGAGACCCUCCCCUGGGGACAAGUCUGCUCUUCGAGGGCGCACUCUAGCUGACUCCCACUGGGCCUUCAUGGUGGUGGUUCUAACACCAAGACCUCAAGAUGGGAGAUGAAGAGAAAAGGAACAGGGCCAUCACAGCCCGCAGGCAGCACCUGAAGAGUGUCAUGCUCCAGAUAGCGGCCACUGAGCUGGAGAAGGAAGAAAGUCGCCGUGAAUCGGAGAAGUCCAACUACCUGGCUGAGCACUGCCCACCCUUGCACCUGCCAGGGUCGAUGUCUGAAGUGCAGGACCUUUGCAGGCAGCUCCAUGCCAAGGUUGAUGCCGCCGAAGAGGAGAAAUAUGACAUGGAAAUGAAGGUUCAGAAGAGCACCAAGGAGCUGGAAGACAUGAACCAGAAACUCUUUGACCUUCGGGGCAAGUUCAAGAGGCCUCCUCUGAGGAGGGUGCGGAUGUCCGCUGAUGCCAUGCUAAAGGCACUGCUGGGCUCCAAGCACAAGGUGUGCAUGGACCUGAGAGCCAACCUGAAACAAGUGAAGAAGGAGGACACCGAAAAGGAAAGGGAUCUUCGUGAUGUGGGUGAUUGGAGGAAGAACAUUGAAGAAAAGUCUGGAAUGGAGGGCAGAAAGAAGAUGUUUGAGACUGAGUCCUAGGCCUGCCUGCCUGCCCUCUUCACCCUCCUACCCAGUUGGCCACCUGCUUGCCCACUUGCCCGCUGGCCAGCUUGUCUACCUGGUCACCCACCUGCUCGCCUGCUUGCCCGCCAGCCCGCUUGCCCACUGGCCAGCUUAUCUGCCUGGUUGCCUGCCUGCCUGCCUCUCACCUAGGCUUCCCUGCUCCCACCCCAGCCCUAUUUAUUCCAGGCCCCUGUCUCCUGCCCCUCCCCCACCUCUCUGAACCCCAGCUCCUCUCCCUGCCCUGUGGCCCCCAGCACCCCCGCACAGGCUCCGCUCUGCUUGGCCACCCUUUCCAAAGGACCCAAGAGAGUGAAUGGAUGGAGAGAGAAGCAUGGAGUCAGUCUUGCCUAACAGCAGCCCCCCAACCCCCAGGGGUGUAGUAAGGUGGGGCCCCAGCCUCUCCCAGAAUCCUUAGCUGUGUAAAUAAAGCUUUCCAAGUCCA